CUUCGCCUUCCAUCAAUGGCCAACCUUAUCUCUCUCCCUCUCCAUGAGAAGGUUCCUCGUAGGAACACUCUAUCAAGAGCACUAAGACUGCUCAUCCUCUUCCUUCUCCUCUCUCUCCUCAUUUACCGGGUCCAGCACCUCGGAAGCCAUGGACCCAUUUGGCUCAUCGCCUUCCUUUGUGAGUCAUGGUUCACCUUCAUUUGGGUCUUGAACACAAACACUAGAUGGAACCUGGUUGAUCAGAAAACGUAUCCGGAUCGUCUUUUAGAGAGGUUACAAGAGCUUCCUCUGGUAGACAUGUUUGUGACUACAGCGGACCCCUUGCUGGAACCGCCGAUCGUGACUGUAAACACGGUUCUCUCAUUGUUGGCCAUCGACUACCCGUCUCACAAGCUCGCUUGCUAUGUGUCGGACGAUGGGGCAUCACCGAUCACUUUCUAUUCUUUGAUUGAAGCUUUUGAGUUUGCCAAGCUGUGGGUUCCCUUCUGCAAGAAAUACGGUGUUCGAGUUCGAGCUCCUUUUAUGUAUUUCUCGACUGAACCUGAAGUGCCAUCGGGGUAUUCUUCAGAUGAUUUUGUUCGCCAAUGGAAAGAGAUGAAGGUCCAAUAUGAAGAACUUGACCGGAAAAUUAAAGAGGCUGUCCAAAAAUCGUCUGUGCCUGAUCAUUUGAUGGACCAUUUUGAAGAUUUCUCGAAUAUUAAUCAUCAAAACCAUCGAAGCAUAGUUAAGGUGAUAUGGGAGAAAAAGGAAAAGAUUCCAAAUGGGAUUCCUCAUCUUGUGUAUGUGGCCAGAGAGAAGAGGCCAAAACAACCCCAUCACUACAAAGCUGGAGCUAUGAACGUUUUGACAAGGGUCUCGGGAGUGAUGACGAAUGCUCCAUUCAUGUUGAAUGUGGACUGCGACAUGUUUGUAAACAAUCCACAGGUUGUCCUUCAUGCAAUGUGUUUCUUUAUGGGCAACGGUAAAGAAAUAGAAAACGGGUUCGUGCAAUUUCCACAGAUGUUCUACGGCGGCCUCAAAGACGACCCAUUUGGAAAUCAUGUAAUUGUCCUACAAGAAUAUGUACAGCACGGGACAGCGGGAAUUCAAGGGCCCUUGUAUGGAGGAACAGGAUGCUUCCACAGAAGAAAAGUUAUAUAUGGGCAGCUCCCUGAUUGUAAAGGGACUAAACUCUCCAUUUUCAAUUCAAUCAAUGGAUUUGGCGACUCAACAGAAUUCUCAAAAUCAGUUGUUCCAAUAAUGUCCGGAAAAUAUGAAGAAUCAUCCAGUCCGUCCGAUUUCUCAGCAACUCUUGAGGCAGCCAAGGAGGUUGCAGAUUGUCAGUACGAGUUCAACACUCGCUGGGGUAAAGAGGUCGGUUGGGUGUACGGUUCCGCUACUGAGGACGUUCUCACAGGGCUGAAGAUCCACUCUAUGGGCUGGCGUUCGGUCUACUGUACGCCGGAGCAGCCAGCAUUUCUUGGGUGCGCACCCAUGGGUGGGCCCGCUACACUGUCACAGAUGAAAAGGUGGGUCACGGGCCUUCUUGAAAUCCUGGUUGGAGAACACAACCCCUUGCUAGCCACCCUCAUCACCAGUCUCAGCUUCCGACAGUCCCUGGCGUACCUUACCAUCAUCGUGUGGGCUCCGCAGUCCAUUCCAGAGCUGUGCUACGCUGCGCUGCCGGCCUUUUGUCUCCUCACCAAUACGUCCUUCUUGCCUAAGGCAUCAGAUCCAUGGAUGAUCGUCUCCGCUACUCUUUUCAUCUUGCCCAACCUCUACAGUCUGAUGGAGUACUUUCAAUGCGGGCAAUCCAUCCGUGCAUGGUGGAACAAUCAAAGAAUGUCGAGGAUAACAGCGUCAACUUCGUGUUUGUUCGGAAUCUUGGAUGUCAUACUGAAACUUCUCGGCGUAUCAGAGACUAUCUUCCAAAUUACACGUAAAGAUCAAAGUGCAACUGAUAAUGGGACUGAUGUGGAUGCUGGACGAUUCACCUUCGACUCUUCACCCAUCUUCGUGCCAGCUACGGUCAUUGUGUUAGUGCAUAUGACUGCACUUGUGGUGGGGCUGUUAGGGGUGUGGCUACCGGUCUUUGGUGGGCCACCUGGGCUGGGGGAGAUAGUGUGUAGUACAUGGGUGGUGCUGAGCUUCUUUCCCUUUGUGAAAGGGCUCUUUGGUAAAGGAAGUUAUGGGAUCCCCUGGUCCACCUUGUGCAAAUCUGCAGCAUUGGCUUUCUUCUUCUUGAACUUCUGUACUAGAUUUAGAUCCUUUUAGUUAAAGACGUUCCUCUACAAUUUGCAAAACAAGUGAUUCACCUGUGCGUGGAAAGUUAUUCAUCUGCUAUUCACCUGUUCAUCUGUU